GUACAGGAAGGCUGCGCUGAAGUGGCACCCGGAUAAAAACCCAGACAACAAGGAGUACGCCGAGCAGAGGUUCAAGGAGAUCGCUGAGGCCUACGAAGUGCUGUCGGACAAGCAGAAGCGUGAUGUCUACGACCGUUACGGCAAGGACGGACUCCUGGGGGCAG